AUGUCCUGCUUGUCUGAAAAGAGGAAUUAUGAUAAGGAGAGUCGCUCUGCUCUUGAAUUGCUGGAUUUCAAGAAUGCUUGGAAGCAGUUCCAGAAACUAGUUGGAAAACUGGUUACGCAGAAGACAAAGGAGAGAUUAGGCUUGUAUAUUAAAGAUGAUGUCAUGGAAAGAUUAACUGAGGAAGCACAAAUUUUUGGCUAUUUCACAGGAGAAAGUGAUGCCUUGUCUUCUCAGCUGAAAGAAGAAAAUGUGGUUUUCCUUGUAUCCAAAAACCAGCAGAUUACUUUUGCAGCUGUCAAGAGACAAGAUGUGAUUAAGAGUAUAGUGAAGGUCCCCCAUCUGGAUUUCACAGUAACAUCCUCUCAGAAAGGAGUGCUAACUAUUUUUAACAACCAGAUAAGGGUUCUGGCAACAACCGUUGUUGAAGAUACUGCUUGGAUCACUGGAUGUGAUUUCCUACCUCAGCUGAAAUGUGUCGUGGCUGAAUUUCAUGUCCGUAGAAGAGGCAAUACCUUCACAUACUGCAGAAAAGCAAAAGUCAUUGUCACUUCUUUUCAUGAGAAACUCCUUUGUUUGUGGCAUCCUGCUAUUAACAGUAGGCCUACAGGGAAGCUGUCAGCACACUAACAUAGCAUUGUGGAAAUUGUGACAAAUGAAGAAGAUCGACAUGUCGUCAGCCUUUCCUCUGCAAAGAUUUUUAGUGUGUGGGAUAUACAGACCAUUUCACUGCUGCAGGUCUCCCAUGAUAAUCAACAGAGUCCUGGAGAGAUGGAGCCCUUUGACAUGGUAUUUGACAGUGAUUGUGGCACAUUUAUCACAAGUUCAGCUGUCAUUGAUAUUUAUCCCCUAACUCAUAUGAUACAAGAUACAAGACAGGUGCCACAAACACAUGAGAAAAGCAUCAAAGUUCUGAUUUACAACAGGGCUUUUCACCAGAUUCUCGCUAUCUGCUCUGAGUCAAUACUGAAGGUCUGGGACCUAGAAACAGGUUAUCAAAUAUAUCAGAUUGAAGAUGAAUAUCAGAUUAAAGAUGGGCUGAAUACUGAAGUGAUCUGUGCAGCCAUUGAAAUAAAUGUUUUUUGUCUUCCUACUGGGGCAUGUAAUGGUAAAGGUAACUCAGUUCAAACACAUCUAUAUGUCACAUGGGUGCUUCCUGAGGCAGUGUCGUUUCCACAAAGGAACCCAGUUUCGUCUCUGUCACUGAAGCCUGACACCUUACAAACACAUGAUUUUUUUCCAGAUAUUCAACUGCUGUCUGACACCAGUUCUCUGAGGAAUGAUAUAGAGAAUUUUGUACUUUCUGGGGAUAUGAAGUGUUUUGAUGUUUUAAAAAUAGAAGGAUGCAGUUUGAUAGCUACAGGAAGUGCAAAUGGUGCAAUAAUUUUGUGGGGGUUUGAAUCUGUCUCUGUGAGAUGCCUGUGUGAAAUUUAUGAAGACAACCAGGCUUCAGUUCUUCAAGCAUCUGGAGUCAAUACCAUGUUAUUCCCUGUACAUGGUGCUUUCUCUUCGAGAUGGCAAACAGAAAAUAUAAAAAGUGAUGAAAUUAAUACUCAAAUAACAACAGCAGAAGACACAACUAGGUAUAAGAAUAUCUAAUACUUGAAGAUGAAUGUACAGUUAUCCAAAGCUGUAGCAGGACACUCACCAACUUCUGCUCAUGAAAAUGGCUGUAUCUGUCUAUGAAGUAUUUAGGGAAACACAGUGAAAGAACUUUUGCCAUUUUCAAAAUAUCCGUCAGUUCCUCUGACAGCACUAUGUACAGACGUCUCUACUAAAAUGCUUUUGGCAGGCAGUAAGGAUGAACAUAUUAGGCACUGGAGCAUUGCCUCAUUCUUAGAAGACCCACAAAAUAGUAAAAAUCAGCAAAUGAAGGAGCUCUGACGGCGGGCACACUCCACUGAAGUGGUUGACUUACUUCAUGAAGAGGAGAAAAAUGUGGUAGUGACAGCAUCUAUUGAUGGUUCAGUCAAGCUCUGGCAUGCCAUGAACAGACGCUUUCUUGAUUACUUUGGACAACCCAGGAAGUUUGAAUUAUCAGAUACCAGUCGUUUCAUUUUGCCUUGUGAUGUUAAUAACUUUCUUACUAUAAUUAAAGAGAAAAUCAAGCAUAUGGAAAAGAAGUUUCAAUGUUGUCUCACGCUGGACAGGGACAAGUAUUCCCCAAAUGUGCAAAUAGCUGAAAAGUCACUGAUCAGAUCACUUUCAGCUUUAAAAAAGCCUAAACAUAUGGACAUAAUUCAGGACUUGAAGUUUUUCAAAGCUCUGGCGUCUGCAAAGAUCCAUCGACAACCUUUGGAAAGUUUUGAGUCUGGAAACAGAGAGGCUGGUGCAGUAUUUGGGUCUUUUCCUGUAUAUGAG